AUGGACUUCCAUCGCCAGUAUGAACAGAAGGUCAGAGGAGGGAACUAUCUAACCGUCAGCAGACCCCUGUCCAGGGAGCAGAGCAGUCCCCGCUCCACCGCAGAGCUCAAAAUAGAUUGGAAACGGAAAGCCGCUUCCGAAGAAUCUCAAGAGAUUGUAGUCAAUGGGGAUGGGGCGGCGGAAAGCGGCGUUCCACCCCCGAAAGCGGCUGCCUUCCCUCCGGGCUUCAGCAUUUCGGAGAUUAAGAAUAAGCAGCGGUGACAUUUAAUGUUCACGCGAUGGAAACAGCAGCAGCGGAAGGAAAAAUUGGCAGCUAAGAAAAAACUUAAAAAGGAGAGAGAGGCUCUUGGUGAUAAGGCUCCACCAAAGCCUACACCCAAGACCAUCGACAAUCAGCGAGUACAUGAUGAAACUAUAGUAGACCCUAAUGACGAAGAGGUUGCUUAUGAUGAAGCUACAGAUGAAUUUGCUUCUUACUUCAACAGACAGACUUCUCCCAAAAUUCUCAUCACAACAUCAGACAGACCUCAUGGGAGAACAGUACGACUCUGUGAACAGCUUUCUACAGUUAUACCAAACUCACAUGUUUAUUACAGAAGGGGACUGGCUCUGAAAAAAAUUAUUCCACAGUGCAUCUCUAGAGAUUUCACAGAUCUCAUUGUUAUUAAUGAAGAUCGUAAAACACCAAAUGGACUUAUUUUGAGUCACUUGCCACACGGUCCAACAGCUCAUUUUAAAAUGAGUAGUGUUCGUCGGCGUAAAGAAAUCAAGAGAAGAGGGAAGGACCCCACAGAGCACAUUCCUGAAAUAAUUCUGAAUAAUUUUACAACACGGCUGGGCCAUUCUAUUGGACGUAUGUUUGCAUCUCUGUUUCCCCAUAAUCCUCAGUUUAUCGGAAGGCAGGUUGCUACAUUCCACAAUCAGCGGGAUUAUGUCUUCUUCAGAUUUCACAGAUACAUAUUCAAGAGUGAAAAGAAAGUAGGAAUUCAGGAGCUUGGACCACGUUUUACCUUAAAAUUACGAUCUCUUCAGAAGGGAACCUUUGAUUCUAAAUAUGGAGAAUAUGAAUGGGUGCAUAAGCUCCGGGAAAUGGAUACAAGUAGAAGAAAAUUCCAUUUAUAAAGUACUGAGGAAAUAGUAUUGGAUUUUGCUAAAAGGACUAUCUUGAAUUAUUUUUGAUAGAAGAUCCUUUUCCAAAUGGCAUUUACUGAUUUCAUAAACCUUCCCUGACUGGACAAAUUAUAAAGUGCCAUCAAUUGCCACUGCUUAUU